AUGCCAUCAUUCACCCUCGCCAGUCAAACUCCCCACCUGAUAAUACAGCCUUCCGACGCUGCUCUCUCCCCACCUGAGAGCUACUUGUUCGUUCAGGAUGGCCUUAUAAUUAGUUGUGGCAUUCUCUACGCCUUCUGUUACAUAUUUUGCAUGAUUCGCACGUACAGUGACCGGACAUACCCGUCUGCGUCAGCUAAGGGGAUCCAAUUCAUGAGUCUGACACUUGCCUACGAACUCUUCUACGCGGUAGUGACCACAACUACCACCUUUGAGCUCCUUGCAUUCCUGGCUUGGUUCCUACUUGAUGUAGGAUUUGUGGCAGUGGCAAUCUGGCGAGCACACGAAAAGCGCGACCGGGCGUGGUUAGUACGGAGAAUAGUAGGCUUCGUACUUGCGGGAAUGGGCGUACUGAAGGGGUUGACGAUGCUGUGGCCCGAUGAAAGGGAGCAGGUCACAGCAUACUGGACGGGAAUUCUGCUACAGAUGCCGAUCGGUUGGAUCUGUUUGGCGACGCUGUGGAAGGAGUGGAAUACGAAGGGCCAUUCGUUGGAAAUCUGGCUCAUGCGAUACUUGGGCUGCUAUACAGCCUACGGGGUUUUCUUCUGGAGGUAUUGGAAUGUGCCACAAAACUGGGAAUAUGUGGCGUCGGUGUGGAGUACAGUGAUUAUUUUGUGGACACUGCUGCCUGAAACGGUCUAUCCGUUUGUCUACGUUUGGGUGCAUCGCACAUCCAAAGUAAAAGGCGAGUAG